UUAUUGUUCAAAAUAUAUCCAACAUGUAGUUGAAUCUUAUUACUUGGCAGAACCUAACCUAUAGUAGCAAUAGUCGAAAUUGGGAAAGGCAAACAAAAAUAUCUCUGUGCGUGUAUUAUUAUUAGUGCACACAAUGAUGUUUAGUAAUAAAAAGAACAGUUUACCUCCAAGACCACUUUUGCCAAAUCAAGAACAUAUGUUGGAGGAUCUUAAUAAUACUGUCGUGGACGACGUAGCGUUCAAAAUCAUAAAUAAUUUAUGUAUAAAGGAAUCUUAUGGCCUCUCAAGUAUUUAUAAUUCUGAUGACAUAUAUAAAAAAGUCAAAUCCUAUUUAAAUACCAAACAACAAUUGAGACAAUUGGAAUUUACUCUGAAGAAAGAAGAACAGCAAUUGCAAGCAGAUAAUGAGGAAAUCAGGAGAUUAGCAGAUGAUAUUAGAAAGCAGGCCGAAGCUGCUUUAAUAACAUAUGAAUAAUGAGAGUAUAAUAACAUUGGUAUUAUAUUAAAUAUUGAUUUAUAUUUUUAAAGUCAUUAUACAUAUAAAGAU